AUGGAUGAAAAAGAUGAACCAGUAAUUUUUGGUGUUUGUCUUGUCGACUUUCAUCAUAAGAGGGGCCCUGAAAUAGAAUUCUGGUAUGGAUUACCUGAGGAUACUCAAAAUGCGGAUUUAUGGCCAAAUCUACCUUUCCAGGCGCUUCCUGAUGGUUCUCACUCUUUUGAAGAGACAUUCACUUACUUCACGUUGCUAUAUGACGAAAAGAAGCAAAGAAGUCCUCCCAACGGUGCCACUGAUUUAUCUGAGGACGGAGUCAAUGAUACCACGACUUUAUUUGCUAUAUCCUGCUCGAGACAGAUAAAGAGCGAUGAAUUGCUUGUUAAGGACAAAGAUAUAACUCGAUCUACUGUGCAGAAGGCAAUUGUGGUCAUCUCAAGACAACCAAUUUUCGGCCAAAUUAAAGACAAACUGAGCAUAGUGACCAAUGCUUUUUUCUUACAGCAUGAUUUUGGAGAUACGAAGAUAGUUCAGUCAUUAUGUGAAAAUUUAAAGUCCAUAUACACGCCUGUAUUGUUGGGCAGGAACGCUGAAAACCGUCUCUAUGUUGGAUUGUGUUUAAGGAAAAUUCUACACGAUUUCAAGAAGAACGUUUUAGUGCUGCUAAAAUCAAUCUUACUUGAACGAAAAAUAAUAGUUUAUGGUAACGAUGUGGAAGUUCUAUGUAAUCUACAAUUUGGAUUGAUUAGCUUAAUUCCGGACUUGAUGUCAAAUUUACAAGAUUCUGGAAGUCCGCAAUUGUUCCAGGAUGUUUCUAAACUAAAGGUGGCUGACUCAUUCAAAUCAAGUAACCGAGAAUCAGUGCUAAGGUUUUUGGGUUUCCCCUUGCCAAUUUUUGAAGAAGGUGGACUAUUCUCACCCUAUACUCCGUUACAGCAGAUGAAUGACAUAAAGUCAAAACGUACUAUGUUUUUUAUGAUCGGAAGUUCUAACACGUUACUUUCCGAACGAAGGGAGGAAUUGUGUCACAUCUUCGUCAAUACCGAUGACUCUACCGUGGAAAUCCUGGAUAAAUCCUUAGCUUCUAUUCUUCAACUAUCAAGCCAUGAUAAAAAAUGGAUCGAUUCAAUAUCGGGGAUUGUGUCAGACACGUGGAAUGAAAAUGAUGAUGAAACGCCAAAGAAUUCUCAGUUUGAAGGAAGUGAAGAUUUUAUUAGAUGGCAAUUUGAAGACUAUUUAACAGGGCUACUUUCAAGUGUUAAACUAAAUGAUUAUUUGGAGUUGCAUAAGGAAAAUGAACAAGCUUUGAAGACUAUACCUGAAGAUAUGCUGAGUUCCAAUCCAAUACACUUAUUCAAUUCGAACUGGGUCCAUAGUUGGAAGGAAACCCAAAAUUUUCAAAUAUUUAAUGCAAGAACAGAUGAUAGGUUAUUUGAUUUGUUUCCUCCAAAGCAUAUUUACAAUGGCGCUGACACAUUGUCUCUAUUACAGCAAAGAUUUUUGUCCACAUUUCAUAAUUUAAAAAGGAGCACCAGUAAUACUUCAAGUGAUAAAAAUGGACAUCAAAGUGAAGAGGAUUCCAAAGACCAGGAAAGCAUCAAAUCGAAAAGGCCUACUGCACAAACCGCUGUAAAUUCCGAGAAGAACACAGAGAAGCCGGCAACUCAUCUAUGGAAUUCAUGGAAGGAAUAUUUUAACAAGUCAAAGAAUGCUACUAAUGGCGACAUCACCGAAUCCACAGAAGAUCUCAAAAAUAGAGGCAAAACAGGAAAUGCCAUAGAGAAAGCAAUGAUUGGCUUAGGUUUACAUUAUACGCCAGAAGGGGAAACAAGCCAAGAGGAGGAACAAGAAGAAAUCGAUGAAGAUGAUGAUGAUGAUGAAGAUGAUAAAGAUGAUGAAGAUGAUAAAGAUGAUGAAGAUGAUGAAGAUGAUGGAGACGAUAAAGAUGAUGAUGAUGAAGAAGAUGAUGAAUCUAAUAAUUCAAGUGAAAGUUAUAAUGGUAGCGAGACACACAAAAGCAUUCAAGGCACUAGUAACGAUGAUGGUGAAAGUAGCGAUGGUGCGGAGGACGACAAUGAUGAUGAAGACAGCUUGGAGGACAAUGGAAGGAGAAUUGAAGAUGAUGAAGCCCAUGGCAGUGAAAACGAAAAAAAAGCCGAAGUACUAUCCAAAGAGAGGAAUUCAAGUGAAAAAAUAGGUGAGAAUAAAGCUGAUAGUGCACAAGACAAUGAAAACAAACAUGUCGAAAGUAAAGAAUUGCAUGUUGAUAAUAUUUAA